UUCAUAGCUUCGCAAAGAGAAGCGCCAUGGCGUCCCGAAGGUGUCCACGCCAUGUGGCGCUCCUGGCCGCCCUCGCAUUCGUCUCCUGCCUCGCCGCCGCCGGCCCGCCGGUCAGGGCGAAGCAGACGAACAAGGUGACCGUCUUCUGGGGCCGGAACAAGGACGAGGGGUCCCUGCGGGAGGCCUGCGACACGGGGCUCUACACCACCGUCAUCAUCGCCUUCUACAGCGUGUUCGGCCACGGCCGCUACUGGCGCGGCGACGACCUGUCGGGCCACUCGCUGCGCGGCGUCGGCGCCGACAUCAAGCACUGCCAGUCCAGGGGCAUCCUCGUGCUCCUCUCCAUCGGCGGCGGCGGCCACGGCUACUCGCUCCCAUCCUCCCAGUCCGCGGCCGACGUCGCCGACCACCUGUGGAACGCGCACCUCGGCGGGCGGCGCCGCGGCGUGCACCGCCCGUUCGGCGACGCCGCCGUGGACGGCAUCGACUUCUACAUCGACAACGGCGCGCCGGACCACUACGACGAGCUGGCGCGACGCCUCGCGCGGAAGGGGAAAGGCAAAGGGGUGCGGCUCACGGCGUCGCCGCGGUGCGGGUGCCCCGACGAGCGCGUCGACCGGGCGCUGCAGACGGGGCUGUUCGAGCGCAUCCACGUCAGGUUCUACGGCGACGACAAGUGCUCCUUCAAGAACGGCAGCACCUGGGGCGUCGUGGAGGAGUGGAACAAGUGGACGGCGAGGUACCCCACGACGGAGGUGCACCUGGGCCUCGCCGCGGCGGAGAGCGGCGUGCCGGAUGGGGCGCAGGGCACCGUCGCGGUGUACCUCAAGUACCUCUACUACCUCCUGCUGCCGGAGGUGCAGAAGGCGCGCAACUAUGGAGGGGUCGUGGUCUGGGACAGGUACUCCGACAAGAGGACCGGAUACAGCGGCGUCGUCAAGGGCUGGGCGUGAUACUUAAUUAGCUUGUUGGUUUACUACUAUUUUAGCAGUAUGUAUGUGCGCGUACUACUAUAAUAAUAAAAUUAGGUAAAUUUUGCUGUGCGUUGCUGCGAGAA